GGGUUUUGUGCACGUUCCAAUUCCGUGGUUUUGAGUUUGCGAUUAAGACGAAAAGUGGAACAAGUCGAAGCUCCAAAUUGUUCCACGUCUCUCGAACUUACGAACCUCGAACCUCGAAACUCCACUCCUCUCUCUUCCCUCAACCUCGCCGCGCACAUCAAAAUUCCGCGACGAGUCUCGCAGCUAUGGCGGACUUCUUAAAGAAUAUUGUUGGAGGUAGCAAAUCUUCUGCUACUCCGGUUCCCUCCGCCGAUUCAGACUUCGCAGACUUUGCCGAUGCUCCUUCGCCAGCACCUGUACCUUUCGAGACCGUCCCUGGCGGUGCCGGCCUCGGUGGUCCUGCGCCUACCAGCCGUCCGUACACCAAAUGGUACAAUAUUCACGAGCGCCAUAGCCUAAGUGAUUUUAAAGCUGAGGGUGUCAUCUUGGUGGUAAUUGUCGUCAUCUUCACUCUACACUUCAUCGGCACGAAGCUCAACCGCGCCAAAGCUAGGGCGUGGAUCAAAGCCCACGCUCCCAUCCUGACCAGCGAGUUCGCGCUUGUAGGAUUCGGCGGAGUACCGCAACAAUCUAGCCAGGACCCUGAGAAAUUGCUAAAGGCUAAGAGCUUGUUCGAGUACGCAAGUUAUGCGACUGGCCGACAAAAUGUCGCAUUCAUGGAUGUCAAGUUGACCUUGAAGAAGCGCUUCAACCCGGUCAUGACCGCUUUGGAAACUGUCUUAAGUUUCUUCUUCGAAAGCUUUACUGCCCCGGAAGAUGCGGUCGAGGCUGUCGUCUAUCCCUUUGAUGGCAAGGAGGCCCAAAUUGUACCGGGCCUACCAGGCGCUGCUGAACUAAGGGCCAAGGAUUCCAAGAGCUCGUUUGAUGGAUUUGUCUGGGCCAUUGUUAACAAGAACGGGAUGAAGAAGCUCCGAGAAGAUCGCUAUGACUUGUCUAUCACCUUCACCAAGGAUAACUCCAAGCUGCCCAUCUGGACAACGGUUAUGAGCGAGAGCGCCGAGGUCACCCAGACACUACUGACCGACGAACUUGCCUCAGUCAUCAAGCAGGCUGGCGACCUAUUUGACUACCUCAUCAUCAGCGAUCAACCCGUUGACAGACCUACAAAGAUCGAUGAAACAAUUCCUCGCAAGCGCGUCUACCUACGUUACCGGCUCCCUUCGUCUAACAACUACGACGAUCUUGCUCCGCUCCUAGCCUAUUUUGUGCGGAUCCCGGAUCAGCUAGCGUCGUCGGCUCACUUCCGACCCGAAAUUCUACGCAAGAUCAAGGUUGUCCGCGACGAGACCAUCAAGCAGAUCCAGAAGGCAGCUGAAGAGGAGAAGGCCGAGGAACGACAGGCUGAGCGUGACAGGGCGAGGAAGGCCAAGCGCGACGCUGAGCUUAAUGCUCUGGAUGCGAAGGCGCAGAAGAAGUACCUCGAGAAGGAGAGGGAGAAGGAAUUACGCAAGUCUUCAAGAAAGCAGACUGUUCGCGCGUAGUAGGCUUCCUCACGCGCGAUCAGGCCGCCACGACGAAAUGCAGGCGUCCAUAACUCCCACAAGCGGAGGGGACAGCUGCCGGGUGGAGAGAAGCAAACACAUAGUAAUCGCGGCAGAUUCUGAUAUUAUUGCCGGA